GUGGACAUUUUGUUGUGAGUCUGUAGAGAGAUCAGCUUUGUAUCUCUUAUUCUCAUAGUGGAUGUUUUCCCUCUCUUCCUCCUAUGGAUGUAGGCUACUAAGCCGAACCACAUUAAAUCAUGAUAAUAAUCUUGGUUGCGGCUGGAGGAGUAUACAAAUUUCCUUUCAUCAAUGGCACUGCAGAUUUGAAAGAGGCGUGCAGAAACUGGGUUCCAUCCCCUCCAGCAAAACUCUGGCUGUUGAGGUAUUGCGGGCUCCUCAAAACGAAAAUGACGCUGUCAGAGAGGAAACUGCUAGAAGAUUACCCACUUUUGAGGCUGAGGCCCUUGUAACUUUGAAGAACUGCUUUAGCCUUGUUCAUAACUCAUAAAAGGUAAGCUGGUUUUAGGAUAUGAUUGGGAUUUAUAGAAAAGAAAUAUCUAUAAAGAAGGGCACAUGUUUUAGUCGUGUAAGAUUAAAUGCGUGUGUUUACCUGC